AACAAAAUGCGAGGGCAACCCGUGAGCAUGGCGAAUAUCAAGGCUGCUUCUUAUGUUUGCAAAGCUCAUGGCAUACCCUUUAUUCUAGACGGAUGUAGAUUUGCAGAGAAUUCUUGGUUCGUAAAGGAGAGAGAGGAUGGCUAUGGCGAUAUGAGUCCAAGGGAAAUUGCAAAAGAAAUGUUCUCAUACGCUGAUGGUUGUAUGAUUUCAGCAAAGAAAGACGCCAACUCCACCAUGGGUGGUGUAUUGGCCAUGAAUUCAGAAGAUCUUUAUGAUCAAUGUGUCCCGUAUGUCAUUGCUACAGAAGGCCAUAUAACAUACGGCGGACUAUCUGGUCGGGAUUUGGAAGCAGUAGCCGUUGGAUUGUAUGAGGUCCUGGAUGAGAGCUACCUACGUUAUCGUCGAGCUAAUCUGAAGUUCUUUGAAGAAGAACUAAUUAGGCAAGGUGUUCCGGGUGUCUUUCCAGCGGGAGGACACGCCAUCUACCUGAAUGCUAAUAAACUAUGUCCAAAGAUACCAUCUGAUGAGUUUCCAGGAUUAACCUUCGCUGGAUUGUUGUAUAUUGAGAGUGGGGUGAGGUGUUUGGACAUUGGAUCAUUUAGCCCCGAUGCUUCGGAUCUGAUCCGCUUAGCCGUUCCUAGACGAGUUUAUACGACCGAGCACCUAAAAUACGUGGCGAGAAUGAUAGCACGAGUUGCAGAAAAGAAUAAGGAUCGAGAAACUGGGUUGACAAUGACCCGGUCGCGGGCCAAAUCGGCACAGUACAAACACGUGGCAGGUUCUUUUAAGAUGAAGGAAGAUAUGUAGUUGAAUAAUUCCAAUAAUGUUGAGACAAUGAUGUAAAGGGUUAAAUGAAAGUUUGAUUUAUUUAUUCUUGUUCCAUAUUUGAAUAGAAGGAAAAAACUGUUUUAGUAUUGGAAAAAAUAAACUGACAUCAUGUCCGAUACCUCCAUUUUGUUUUGGCAAGAUACAAUUGAAUUUGAAAAAGUUAGACAAUUUGAUUUUCUAUGUUAAAAUGGUGAAUCUUUUACUCAAUAGAUAUCCUGAAAUCUGAAGGCAAGAUCAU